AUGUCCCAAGCUGCAAAGAACGUAUUAGUCAAACUUAUUGUUGGCGCAGGUCAAGCUGCCCCAGCACCACCAGUUGGUCCUGCUUUAGGUUCAAAAGGUAUUAAAGCAAUUGAUUUCUGUAAGGAGUUUAAUGCACGUACUGCCUCAUAUCAACCUGGUGUUCCCAUUCCAGUUUUAAUUACAAUCAGACCUGAUAGAUCUUUUACGUUUGAGAUGAAGUCACCACCAACAGGAUAUCUAUUAUUGAAGGCGCUGGGAGCUGAAAAAGGACAUGGGCAACCAAAUAUUCUCCAGAAGGAGAAAACAUUGGGAGAACUGUCUUUAAAGCAUGUAUAUGAGAUUGCAAAAAUAAAAAAGACGGAUAGCAGACAUGCCAUGCUCGAUAUGCCGGGUAUAGUGAAAUCUAUAAUAGCCGUUGCAAAGAGCAUGGGAAUCAAAGUUGUACCAUAG